CCCUAGAGGCUUGGGGACUGUGUCAGUCGCAUGUCCGGUGGGGGGACCGACAGAGGGGUCCCCAGGAGAGCGAGGAGCUGUGCCCUGGCCCCGUUCCUGUCUGGAGCUUUCUCUGGAGGGUCUGCCUCGUCCACACCAAGGUGAGGCUCCCCGCCAACCGGCUCAGACCAGCUGCGAGGGGCCAGCUCGCCCAGGACCUCGGCCAUCCUCACCGAGCCCUCGCCGGACGCACUCCACGAUGGACAUGAACGUGACGCGUCCCGACAACGCCACCAUCACGAUGCUGAAGGACCCGGUCAUCGCCGUGGUGUUGCCGGUGGUAUACUCGCUGGUGGUGGUGGUGAGCAUCCCGGGCAACCUGUUCUCGCUGUGGGUGCUGUGCCGCCACAUCGGGCCCACGUCCCCAUCCAUCAUCUUCAUGAUAAACCUGAGCGUCACGGACCUGACGCUGGCCAGCGUGCUGCCCUUCCAGAUCUAUUACCACUGCAACGGGAACCACUGGGUGUUUGGCGAGUGGCUGUGUAACGUUGUGACCGUGGCCUUCUACGCCAACAUGUACUCGUCCAUCCUGACGAUGACGUGCAUCGGCGUGGACCGCUUCCUGGGCGUGGUGUACCCGCUGGCGUCCGCCCCCUGGCGGCGCCGUCGCUACGCUGUGGCCACCUGCGCCACCAUGUGGUUGCUGCUGCUGGCCGCGCUGUCCCCGCUGGCGCGCACGGACCUCACCUACGAGGUGGAGGAGCUGGGCAUCGUCACGUGCUUCGACGUGCUCAAGUCCACGAUGCUGCCCAGCGUGGCCAUGUGGGCCAUGUUCCUGUUCACGCUCUUCAUCGUGCUUUUCCUCAUCCCCUUCGUGGUGACCGUGGCCUGCUACACGGCCACCAUCCUCAAGCUCCUGCGCACGCCCGACCCGCACGGCCACGGCCAACGGCGACGCGCCGUCUGCCUCGCCACCGUGGUGCUGCUGGCCUUUGUCACCUGCUUCGCGCCCAACAACUUCGUGCUGCUGGCGCACAUGGUGGCCCGGCUGUUUCUGGGCAGGAGCUUCUACCACGUGUACAAGCUCACGCUCUGCCUCAGCUGCCUCAACAACUGCCUGGACCCCUUCGUCUACUAUUUUGCCUCCCGCGAGUUCCAGCUCCGGCUGCGGCGCUACCUGGGCUCCGGGAGGCCGGCGCACAGCCUGCCGACGCGCAGGGAGAGCCUGCUGUCCGGCAGGACACUGUCGGCGCCCUCGAUGACCAGCGGCCACGCCGACGGGCUGGAGCCGGCCGCCCGGCCCUGCCUCAAGAGACAGGAGAGCGUGUUCUGAGCUGGGCAAUCCAGGUGGACAGCUGGGAGGCGGUGGCGACAGCCCUCCCUUGCUUCCCGUUGCUGCUGCUGCUGCCGCCGCAGUCCAGGAGCCACAGGGAGGGGUCCCCAGGCUGUCUCACAGGCCAGCCCUGUCUCCCAGCGUCCAGACACCACUGCUGGCCCAGGGACAGAAGCAGCGGCUCAUACAGAUCCCGCGGUUUUUCGGGAGACAGUGGCAGCGGUGUGGCAGGCAAGCUUCUUCCUGCUUCCCGAGGAUGAUGGCCCAGCCUCUCCCCUCCUGAGGGUCAGCAAGCACUCGGCCAGCCCAGCUGUGCCCUCCUCCGUCCCCAACAUCCCACUGGGCUGCCCGCCUGCCUCAUUCUCCAUGCCUCCCGAGCCUGGGACCCCCACAGGACCUCCUGCUCCCCCAGCCUGAUGGACCCCAGACCUUGGUCUGUUCCAUUCUUGGUCACCCUGGGUGCCAGGAUUGGACCAGAUGACCGUGGACAGACCUCUUUGUCCCAAAGUGCAGGAAGCUCACAGGUCCCUUCAUGUCACCUUGUCCCCCUGGGAGCCAAGCACAGGGUCUUGUGGAGAUGUUGGUCACUCCGACUGGUGGGGGCUCGUGUUCUACUGAAAUGUCACAAGUGACAAGGAAGGAUGUCCGGCAGGUGUGGGUCAGCCCAUCCCACCUCUGGCGGCCGAGGGUCUCCAGGCAGGCAAGCAGCUGAGGACAUUGUGUGAAGGAUGGCCAGUGUCCACCGGCUACAGGGGGGCUCCCUGGGUGGUCUGGGGGUGCAGCUUACCUGGAGGGUUCCCUGUGGCCGUUCUGUCGCUCCUGCCCCUACCCGAGAGCCCAGGGCCACGGCAAGUCCUCCCAGAUCGAGGUGGCUUCUCCACAGGCCUGCACCCAGCUGGACCCAGGACCCCUUCUGGGACCGGGCACCUGUAAGACCGCUGACUACACUAGCCCGCGAGAGUGUCAGGGGCCGAGCCUCUCUGUGCCCGCUGCCCAGGUCAGCAGACGGGCUUCCUGCACCAGGGAUGAACCUGUACCAGCCCCAUACCCACGCUGCUUUGGGAAGAUGAGGACACUCGCCCCUGGAGUGACUUGGAUACCAAAACAGUGGGUUCUCAGGACCUGGCUGGAAUAUCACGGGGGACACACAACCUUGGGUGCGGGGCUUCUUUGGGACGGAGCAGCCCUGGAGCUUGC